ACCAUGACAAAAUGUUUAAGAUGAGUGAAAAGAUCUUACUCCUGUGUGUUGGGGAGGCUGGAGACACUGUACAGUUUGCAGAAUACAUCCAGAAAAAUGUUCAGCUCUACAAAAUGAGAAAUGGUUAUGAAUUGUCUCCUACUGCAGCUGCAAACUUUACACGACGAAACCUAGCUGACUAUCUUCGGAGUCGAACCCCUUACCACGUCAACCUUCUCCUGGCUGGCUAUGAUGACCAUGAAGGUCCUGCCCUUUACUACAUGGAUUACCUUGCAGCUCUGGCUAAAGCUCCUUUUGCAGCACACGGAUAUGGUGCAUUCCUUACCCUCAGCAUCCUUGACCGCUAUUACAAGCCAAGUAUCACACGUGAGGAAGCUGUGGAGCUCCUAAAAAAAUGUCUAGAGGAGCUUCAGAAACGCUUCAUCCUAAAUCUGACUUCUUUCAAUGCCCGGUUCAUUGACAAAGAUGGCAUCCAUGAAGUGGACAAUAUACCCCUUCCAAAAGCAAUGUCCUAACCCCUGAGAUCUUUCUUCAGCAGUUGUCUUUUUGUUCUUUUGUUUUUUCUAUCCAUUUGAAGUACACAAGUCAUGUACUGCACUGGGAGAUCAAAUAAAGAUUGACAUUUAUAUAGCCAGUU